CGGAGGCCAAAGGUGAUACCGCCUUUUGGCGGCCAUUUCUCUUGGCUCGUCUGCCCCGGCUUGAGGCUCCAGCCACGAGGGACACGCGGCAGCGGAGUCGGCGGCGAGUGGCCUGCGGCGUUCGCGCGUGUUCGCGAUGAGUUUACCCCUCAAUCCCAAACCUUUUCUCAAUGGACUGACAGGAAAGCCAGUGAUGGUGAAACUAAAGUGGGGUAUGGAGUACAAGGGCUACCUGGUGUCUGUAGACGGCUACAUGAACAUGCAGCUUGCAAAUACAGAAGAAUACAUAGAUGGGGCAUUGUCUGGACAUCUAGGUGAAGUUUUAAUAAGGUGUAAUAAUGUCCUUUAUAUCAGAGGUGUUGAAGAAGAGGAGGAGGAUGGGGAAAUGAGAGAAUAGCAUGUUUUGUUGGGGGAUUUUUUUUUUUUAAUGUAUAUGUAUUUCUACACAAUAAAAUUUUUUUUCAACUUGA